AACGCCACCAUGGAACAGCUGUUUGAGAACCACAACAACAAUGGCAGAGGCUCCUGGUGACAACACUCAACCUCUCAAGUAUUCAAUCCAUAAGUUCUCCACUUACUCUUCCAAUUAUGUCCCAGAAAAUAUUCUUGAAGAUAAGCCAAACGAUCAAGCAUCUCGGUGGUCGUCUGAUUCCAAUAACCCUCCGCAGUUCCUUACCCUGAAGCUUGAGAGGCCUGCUGUUCUGAAAACCAUAGCUUUCGGCAAAUAUGAAAAAACUCACGUAUGCAAUAUCAAGAAAUUUCGAGUAUAUGGUGGACUCUCGGAUGACAACAUGAUACUUUUAUUGGAAAGCGGUUUAAAAAAUGACACAGUUCCCGAGACAUUCCUAUUAAAACAUACUGUCUCAGGGCACCAGUUUCCCGUCCGAUUUGUGAAGAUUGUCCCGCUUCAGUCUUGGGGAUCAACAUUCAACUUCAGCAUCUGGCAUGUGGGGCUUCGUGGUUGUGAUGACUGGGCUGUGGUGCAGAAGUGUAUCAACUGGUAUACAACAUACCGGGAAAGAGAAGCUAUUCGGCUGUGUCUGAAACAUUUCCGUCAACAUAACUACUCUGAAGCAUUUGAAUCCUUAGAAAAACGAACUCGGGUUACUUUAGAAGAUCCUCGUUUGACACAACUACAUAAGCUGCUCGUGGAACAGGGAGACUUUGAUGCAUGUGAAGAACUUAUUAGCCAGGCUGCCCAAGAGGGGUUGUUUCAACAGUACAUUAGCCAGCAGGAGUACAAACCUCAAUGGACACCCAUCAUUCCCUCUCCUGGAGGGUCUGCCAGUAGCCGUCAGCGGCCGGGUAUGAGGGGAGGUCACCAGAUGUGUAUCGACACCAAUACACAGACUAUAUACCUGUUUGGUGGAUGGGAUGGCAUGCAGGACCUUAGUGAUUUAUGGUCUUAUCACAUACCAUCUCAGGAGUGGACUUGUAUUACCAGAGACACUAAUGCUGAGGGUGGUCCUAGUGCUCGUUCCUGUCACAAGAUGUGUCUGGAUCCUGAGCGGCGGCAGAUUUUUACUCUUGGUCGCUAUUUGGACUCUGCCCUACGGCUUCCAGAGAACCUUAAAAGUGACUUUUAUAUGUAUGACAUUGAGAACAACAAGUGGACCCAAGUUACUGAAGACACGGCAGCUUUGGGAGGCCCACGACUUAUCUUUGACCAUCAGAUGGUGAUGGAUGUUGAUAAACGGAUUAUUUAUGUCUUCGGUGGACGUGUUCUCACCCCCUCAAGAUGGGAGGGGUGCGUUGGGGGGCUAGGGCUGGAUGAACUACGCAGCAGUAACUACACUCCCAGUGAAGCUAUUUUCUCGGGUCUUUAUGCCUACCACGUAGCCACAAACACCUGGACCAAACUGAGAGAUGAUUGUUCUGGCAACUCUUCUGGUCCUCAAGACAUCAAAUCACGCAUUGGCCACUCUAUGCUGUUUCAUAGUGGAAGUCGUCAGCUCUUCAUUUUGGCUGGUCAGCGAAAUAAGGAAUACCUGACAGACUUUUUCAUGUACAAUAUAGACACAGAUACAGUAAGUUACAUAAGUGAUGGAACACGUAAGGACUCCUCAUCUGUGCCUGCUGCUGGCUUUACUCAAAAGGCGACCAUAGAUCCUCACCUUAAUGAGAUACAUGUUUUAUCGGGCCUUAGUAAGGACAAGGAUAAAAGAGAUGAAAAUGUUCGGAAUUCAUUCUGGGUGUAUGAUAUAUCUCAAAAUAAAUGGUCAUGUAUAUAUCGCAAUGAGCAGACCGGGGAGUCAUAUUGGAGCAAAAUGCAACAUGUAGAGCCCUGUCCUCGAUUCGCUCACCAACUAGUCUAUGAUGAUACAAAAAAGGUUCACUACUUAUUUGGCGGUAACCCAGGUAAAGCUUCUCUUCCCAAGAUGCGACUGGAUGAUUUUUGGUCACUGAGACUAUGUCGUCCCUCAACUCAACAGCUUUUGCACACUUGCGUCCUCCUUAUCCGGAAACAUAGGUUUAGUGAAUUAGCUCGGGAUAACUCGGUACUGGCGCUGAAGUACCUUCAGACGAAACUUCAUAAUGCCGUUGACCAUACUGACCCACAACAAGUGCAGGAAUUUCAAGCACUUGCCACAACGCUCUUUCAACCCCACGAAGAUUCAAUAUAUGGUCAAGCACAUUCUUUAUCAGAGGAUGAAGACAGCAGCUCAAAUUUAUUUGGCACCGACCUAGGAUGGCAACAUAGUUCUCGUUCACAAUUAUUUGAUCAACUAACUCAAUUUUUCCCUGAGCACAUGACACAGCCCAGAGGGAAUCUAGUAGAUCUCAUACCUUACUGAUCUUCAUCACUUGAUACGCUAUAUCUUGGAAAAGUAGUAAUCACAGCCUUGGCAUAUUCCUUUUAUAUACAGUAUAUAUAUAUAUAUAUAUAUAUAUAUAUA